CACACACGCACGAUCGCACACACACACACACUCACUCUGUAGCCAACGGAGCGGUAACGCAGUCGCUCCUUCAAGACUCGCAGAGAAUCUUAAUGUCCAGCGAGUCGCGUAAAUAACGCCGAAGACCAGCGCGAGCCCGAAAACAAUCCGUCUUCGUCUACAGUAUCAUCACCACUGCGGGGAAAAGAAGAAGAAAACUCAUCACGGAGUCGCUGUGAUGUGGAUGUGACAUGCUGGGUGUGUCGUAUGAACAUCAUAAUAAGAAUAACCGGGGAAAAAACACAAAAAAACUUUGCGGAAAGAAAUGUCUCGGAAUCCGGUGUUGCUUUGUUUUUGUGCGCACGAGCGCGUGCCAAGGAGCGUGUUGACAUCAGCGCGCGCUGGACUGCGCACCGACCCGGAGAUCUGAGUUCCUCUUCACUGCUUGCUUUUGCUGUUGAAAGUGGAUUUAUUUAUCUAUUUAUUUAUAUCUAUUUUUUAUUUUCUUCGCGUCGCUUUAUUUAAAUCGACUUUUGUACGUUGACUAAACUGGAAGCGUCGCUCGGAGCUCCCACACCGGAAAAAGGUAAUGAAGCAUCGCAGCUGAACAUGGAGCUUUUCUGGAUUUUAUUAUUCGCCGUCCUGCAGCGCUACGCACGAGCACAAGGGGUUUACGCUCCUGCCAAUGCCCAGAUUGUUCACUCUGGCCAGGCGUGUGUGGUGAAGGAGGAUAACAUCAGCGAGAGGAUCUACACCAUCCGCGAGGGCGACACACUUGUGCUACAGUGCUUGGUUAAAGGGCAUCCACGGCCACAGGUGCGGUGGACCAAGACGGCGGGCAGCGCUUCAGACAAAUUUCAAGACACGCCGAUCUUCAACGAAACCCUACGCAUCGACAACAUCCAGAGGGUGCAGGGAGGCCGUUACUACUGCAAGGCCGAGAACGGGGUUGGGGUGGCUGCCAUCAAGUCCAUCCGGGUAGAUGUGCAAUACUUGGAUAAGCCCAUGCUCACCGUACACCAGACUAUUAGUGAUGUAAGAGGGAACUACUACCAGGAGAAGACGGUGUUCCUGCGCUGCACCGUCAACUCCAACCCUCCGGCUCGCUUCAUCUGGAAACGAGCCAACGUUCCCAUCGAGCAAAGCAAAGACAACGGCGUGGACAUCUACGAACCUUUAUACACGCAGGGCGAGACUAAGGUGCUAAAGCUGAAGAACCUUCGGCCUCAGGACUUUGCGAACUACACGUGUCAGGUGUCCGUGCGCAACGUCUGUGACAUCCCGGAUACAUCAGUCACCUUCCGAUUAACCAACGCCACCUCUCCUCCAGCUUUGAAACUCUCAGUUAACGAGACCUAUGUGGUGGACCCAGGCCAGGAUGUCACCAUGUCGUGUGAGGUCACAGCAGGUUUCCCGACGCCUACCGUGACCUGGGCGCGAUACCCCUCCCCCUUGCCGCGUCGAGCCAUCAUCCGUGGUGGUUCUCUAACUCUGCGCUCCGUCACUCCAGCUGACUCGGGGCUCUACAACUGCACCGCUGUCAACAAUGUGGGCAACCCAGCCAGGAGAAACGUCAACCUCGUUGUUAGAACAAUGAAGAACCUGACGUUCCAGAUCACGCCUGAUUCGAACAAGGACAGCGAGAGCAUCCAGAUGGGUCGUGACCUCAAGCUGUCGUGCCACGUGGACGCUCAGCCCCAGGAUAAGGUCAACUACACCUGGUACAAGAACAAUGCCCCUGUGAACCCGUCAGACAGUCUCAUUGUGCUGCGCAGUGACCCGGAUAUGCCCCCUGGCACCAGCAGCCUGGAGAUUGUGGACAUGAAGUUCCGGGAUCAAGCCACCUACAGCUGCCUAGCCAACUUUCCUGGCAGUAAUGUUCUCGAACUCAGAGUGGACAUCAACAUCACACAAAGCAGCGUAAUUCCUCCAGUUCUGACCGUACCUGUUGGAGGGAGUGUGGUCAAUGCGAGUGAAGGUGGGAAUGCAGAGCUGGUCUGCCUGGUUGAAGGGAAGCCUCGACCCCCAGUGCUCUGGUCCCGGGCUAAUAAAGACUUGCCCAUGCCGUCUGGCGAGUGGGUGACGGAAACUCGCGAUGGACGCCUCCGCAUCACCAACGUCACACGAGAUAUGGCAGGGGUAUAUCGAUGCCAAACGGCACCGUACAAUGGCCUCAACAUCAAGCGCAGGCUGUCGCAGGUGCAGCUCAAUGUGGAGUACCCUCCUGUGGUGGACCCGGUCUACCAGGAUGUCCGCUCUCCGAACUACAAGCCUGUCAUUUUGCGCUGCAUAGUUCUCAAGUCUAAUCCGAACCGCGUAGCUAACGCGCGCUGGUAUCGGAACACGAUUCCGAUCCGCACUCCACCCGUGGACCCUCAAGACGUCCCUCAGCUCCGCUUUACACUCGAUCCCACCAACAACGGCACGUACGAGUGUAAAGUCAGCAACGGGGUCGGCACCUCUUCUUGCACCUUCCUCGUCUCAGCUCGACCGUACAUCGCCGAAUUUUACUUUGACACGCCGAACCCCAUCCGCAUCCUAAAGGGCAGCAACUACUCUUAUAACCUGCAGUGGACGCAGAGAGAACCGAACACUACGGACAAAGUCAUCGGCUAUUGGAUCAGCGUCCAGCAGAUGGGUCAAAAAGUAAUGUCCAAACAGAUCAACACCAGAGAGCCGGUGAAAGGUGUGUUGAUGUCAUACACCAUAACAGACUUGCGCAUCCCUCUGUCCUAUGAGGUUGGUCUCACUCCCAUCACCGCCUUCGGUACUGGGGAUACCGUCACCCGGACCAUCCAGUACUCCGAGCCCUACACAUACCCAAGGCCUUCAGACCACGUGUGCGGGUUCGAGGACUCCAGGAUCUGUGGCUUCUCCCAGGAUCGCAGUGACGUGUUUGACUGGACCAGACAAAAUCAUUUGAGUCAAAACCCCAAGCGCUCGGUCAACACAGGGCCAGAUACAGACCGCAGUGGGACCAAAGAAGGUUAUUAUAUGUACAUCGAGACAUCGCGGCCACGUCAGAAAGGAGAUAAAGCUCGUCUUCUUUCCCCGCUUUACAAUGUGACAGCGGCUCGAGGUCCCUCCGGCUCCAGCAGAUUGCCGUACUGUGUCUCCUUCUUUUACCAUAUGAACGGAAAACACAUCGGAACUCUGAAUGUCCUCCUGCGAGUGAAAGGAAUCGCUACAGUGGAUAAUUUAGCAUGGACACUAUCAGGCCACCAAGGCCCCAACUGGAGGAAGGCUAACGUUGUGGUGUAUCCCAGUGGGCCAUUUCAGGUGGUGUUCGAGGGGAUCCGUGGUGAUGGGUUCGAGGGCGACAUCGCCGUCGACGAUGUGUCCGUUACCAAAGGGAAGUGCAAGCAAGAGAAGCUUCCCGAAACAGACGUUCUUCCAGGAACAGCCCGAAGCCUUCAGCCUGUUACGCUGACCGAGCUGCUUGCUAGCUCCACGUGCCUCUACGUCCUGCUCUUCUCCAGAUGAUGGACGAUACACCUGUUCAACCCUCACACCCGCCGCCUCCUCCUUCCCCCUGUGGCAUCAACCAACACUGCCCAGAUAUGUUUCCUUCCCUUCUCCCUCCUUUCCUUUUUCUUUAUUUUUUCCUUCCAUCACUCAUACUUUCCUUGCUUUCUCCUUAUCACUUUUUCUCCAUGCUUGGCUUGCUCACCCUUGCCAUGCUCUCUCUCUCUCUCUCUCUCUCUCUCUCUCUCUCUCUCUCUCUCUCUCUCUCUCUCUCUCUCUCAAAUUAGCUCUCUCUUUGUUUCUAUCUCUGAAUUGAAAAGCAUAUUUUCCAUGGCUUUCAGUCAUACCUCGAAUCUUUAGCUUUCAUAAUAUUCAUCCCGUAUCUUUUGCAUCCCAUCAGUUUGCGUUUAUCACGUCCACACCCCUCCUCCCCACCCCCUUACCGCUGCACCCUCUCUGUGUUGCCGACACACGAAAGUGUCAAUUAUGCUACCAAAGAUGAUGGCGGUUUUUUUUCAAACGAAGAGAAAGACGGGGCAAAACCUGGAUCUGCUCCCUGAAACGUCUUAUGUCUCACCCCUCAGACUGAAACGUGAAUUCUCACGCCGAAUGUAGGGUGCAGAGCUCGAAGAUGAGGACGGCCAAACGAAACGAGAUUCGAUCUCUUGCUGUCUUGUCUGGAGGAAUAGAAGAAAACCUGUACAGUUACAUGUAUAUGAUAUAUUACUAUACCUACAAACACACGGACAACGACUACGACGUACGUCCGAGACUGAUCCCGACUCAGACUAUGAAAAGUUCGACUUAAGAAGCACAAAUUUAUAUGUUUUUUUAUUACUUUAGUUUUCCUCGUGUGGUAUUUCGUCCAUCUACAAAUUCGCUGUAUGCCUUGUCUCUUAUUAGAAAUGCCGUUUCCUGCCUUGCUGCUGAACAGAAUGGUGGUGUCCUAUAUCAGAACCGUCUACCCUCGUCCCACCACCGUCCUCCUUCGAGACAAUGGCACCCCGUAUUAUCCGUACGUUAAAUACCGCACGUCGGCUUUUUGAACUUUAGCUGUGUGCCGAUCAGCGCCGACCGUCUACGGACUAACGGACGUCAGAAUCGACUGAUUUCCUGAGUGCAGGAGCACGAGAUCCAGAAGAACUCCAAAGACGGACUUCCCAGAAGGUCUGCAUGCUCCGUGGUGAUCCUGUAGCGGAAAGAGGAUUUGUAUUGUGAAAGUGCAUCCGAGAUCUUAGGCUUCUCACUUUUCAAAGCGUGGAACGUGACGCAAGAGGAACCGGACUAGAGCGAGCGUCUAGUUUUGGCACAAAGCAAACCCAUCUUUCGACGAAUACUCAUUAAUAAAUAACGAACACGGACAUUUCAUGUUAAGCAAUACAGCAUAAUAAUGAUUCUGCAAAGCUGAGCACACAUUUAGUGACAUGGGUCAUCAUCAUAAUGGGUCAUAGUUUACGCUUCGAGCGAAAUGUAUCAUGCGCUUAUUCCAACCAACUCGUACAUUUCAGAGUCGACUUUUACUGUGAACCGUUUCUUCUGAUUUGUUGAGACUAAGGUCCCAGGGAGUGCAUCAGGGUUCUCUAUUCGGUCCGUUGUGAAUGGCAUUUACUCACAAUUUGUUCAUCAAGAGACCAUGAAUACUAAUUUUGUGGACUUAUAUUAAGGAGCACAAACACACAAACACAAACACACACACACGCACACAGUUGACGGGAUAAACCGUGUGUGCCUCUGUCAAAGUAUACACACUAUGGGCGAACUGUUCAUCAUAACAUUCGAUGCUAUGAAACAAUCAUUUAGAAAUUUCUUUUGAACACACUGUCAUUCGUGUUCACAUUCUCUACCAUUUGAGAUCAAUAUGCAAUGUCUAAUCACUGAGCUUUUAGUGUGAGAUUACAUUUCUGGAGUUUGAACACAUUGUGCUUUCCCUAAGUCAUGAUCCCUGCUUGUAAAAUUUAGCUCACACUCAUAUUUAAUCAACACAUAUUUAUCUUAGGACGAUAUACUGCUUGGAUCUGCUACGUUUUGGUGAAGGUGUUGACUUGCAUCUCAGGUUGUUUUUUUUGUUUUUUUUAAGUACGUAGCAAGAACAUUUCGAUUUAUUUUUUUGGUUCGGUAAACCUAGUUUUAUGGCCUGUUUGUUUCAUUCAUGCUAACUCAUGCACUUAGCUUGAUUAGCCACUUUUAUCAGAAUUAAAAUGUGUCCAGAGCAGAAUUAUUGGACUUUAAAGGGGGGAAAUGCAGGAAAGGGAAUAUUAGUUUAUUACUCUCUAAAAACUACAUUACAGAGCUAGCCAAUAAUCUGUGAUAAUAUUGUAAUGAAAAAAUUAAGACAGUGUAGCUGAAUUUAACAUGAACAGUUAUGUAGCAACCCAAACUGAACUGUUAAUAUUAUUACAUAAGCCGAUCAAUCAAUUCUGACGCAUUUUCUCCUCAAAUAAAGCUAUCUAGCAUAAUUUCUGUCAGAAUUAGCUAGCAGAAUUAACUAUCCAAAAAAAAGAAGAAGGGGGGGGGGCAUUGCCUCAUAUCGUUUAGUUUAUACAGAAAUAUUACUUCAAACUUCAUAGUUAUCUGUGAACAAAAGCUUACAUUAAAACAAAAAUCAGAAACAACAGAAAUUAUGUCUCGUUUUGUACCGUUUUUUUUUUUUCUUACCUCGAAGUAUUUUGGAAAAAUUUAUCUUGAAGUACGUAACAUGCCUGUUUUCUUCUAGGUCCACACCCCUUACCCCUGACCCCUGACACUAGCCUGCUCUGAAUCAUUAGCAACCCAAAUUUUGGCUCAAUUUGAGAUCUGCUUUUUUACCGACUAUAAUUCUCUCGCUGUCGCCUAUUGACGCCAUUUUACAUGCAUUUCAAAUAUCAAAUAUAAAACAAAGCCUAUACUAAGCAUCAUCUAGACAUUUCAUGUACCUCAGUAGAUGUUAGGCUAGCACCGAGAGCGCAGAUAGAAUGCACAUAGAAUGUGGAUUUAGGUGAAGGGAUACAUUAAUAAAUCCUUUGUUUAUUCUUCGAUCUUAUAUGUAUGUUACCAAGUUUCAGUUCGUCUUUGUUUGUUAAUUAAUAUCAAUGUCAUCAUGAUGUAACUGAGGGACCGUGUGCAUGUGCUACACCUCAUGUCCCUGACAUUUGAAACAGUGUACAGUAUGCACGUGGAAAAAAAGACAUACAGAUUCACUAUAAAGCCGGUGCAUUAAAAUAACCCGGAUUGGAAUUAUCAUUACGCACAAUCGUAAAAGCUGAGAGGAUAAGCAGCUGGGUGAGAGUGUAUCUUGUCCUUGGUUAGUUGCUAAUGGCACUUCUCUCUCUCUCUCUCUCUCUCUCUCUCUCUCUCUCUCUCUCUCUCUCUCUCUCUCUCUCUCUCUCUCUCUCUCUGUGUGUUUUUUCCCUUUUCUCUUUUGCACCGCGUUUCUUCCCCUCCGACUGAAACAUCUCUUUGUUACAGGAGGUCAAUUUCAUUGCUAUGUAGUAAAUGAGUCAAUAAGGCUCUCAGAUAAAUGCAUUCUCAUUUGCCCUAAUGGCCAUUACAUCUACUAUGAAAAAUGAAUGGUUUGCAAAUAGACAAAAAUACACACACACACACACACACACACACACAUAUAUAUAUAUACCCUGAAAAUGAGUCUAAACACGAAGAGAUCGGAAAAUCAGCACUGAUAAACUUCCUUUGAAUGACUCGCUGGUUUUCGGUCACGUACUGUACUUCCAAGCUGAAAUCGGUUUCCUGUUCCGAACACAUAUAACUACGAUCAUCCGUACUAACUGUAAUGUUGAAUGAUUUCGGUUAUUUAACACACAUGCGGCGUUGCAGAACGCAGCCUGCAUCUUGGCGUUGCGACUGUCGUGAGCAUCGACCGUGCCACAUCCGUCAUGUGCAGUUUUAAUGUUCUAGAUGCUUCAGAAGUCAUCGACAUACUCUGUUUUGUGAGCAUACUUCAGCAUCCGUUGGAGCUUGUUCGAAGUGAUCGAGUUGAAAACAAACACAUGCGUGAUACACUAAUCAUCCACUAUAUUAUGAAUACAUAGACAGACGGUCAAUUAUGCGAGAGUAGUCCCAUGUUUAAAAUCAAACAUUAUGUGGUCAAAUUGGGGUUUCAAUGUUGUUGCACAUCCCUGUUCUUAGAUGAUUGAAGUGUGAUCUGGUUUACUGUUCUGCAGAUGGAGCUCAUCUCAUGCAAUGUUUAAGAUGCUUUUCAGCUCAUCAUGGACGGAAAGAGUGAUUGCUUGAAUUAGCCUUCCAGAACUCUCAUUGGCUGUAGAGAUCGUUGUGUGUGAUUCGGGGUAUUAAGCAGUAUACGUAAUACACGAAGCAAAACUUCUGGUACCAACAAGCAGGUCACAGUUUGUCUGAUGUGACCACUAAAGCUCAUGACCUGUAUUGUACUGUAUAAAUAAUUUCCUGAAUGCCACAUAGUCUUAUUAAAGUGGAUGGUGAGGGUACAUUCGAAACACACUUCAGUAGUAUGCAAUAUCGGUUUAAUUUCUUUACAUUUAUCAUGUCCUAGAGUAGAGACCUGAAUGGAAAAAAAGCCACAGUGUGUCAUUUACAUCAUGAACCAAAUUAAAUAUCGUUACGACUAGCUAAAACACGCAAAGACCAUCCAUUCAUCAUUCAUUUUUGGACAUCGAGUGCUGGAAAAGACUUUCUAAACCUUACCAUUUCCAUUGCAUCAUCCAAAAAUAAAAAAAAAAUAAAAAAUAUCGAUGGAAUCCUGUGGUGAAACUUCACGGUUCCUCACCCACAUGAAGAUGAAGCAAUCACACCAUGGUUGUACCAUAUGUCCUUAUGCUGAAUUGGUCAGAGUGUUUGUAAGAUCCUGAGUGAGAAUGUUAUUUGAUUUUUUUUUUUUUUUGUUAUUGUCUUUUCUUUUUCUUUUUUUUUCUUUUUCAGAUGUACCAGUACACAAGUGCAAGGAAAGCUUGUAGUGCUGGCCGUUGUAUAUUCUCUGUCAUGUAAUGAACUAUUUUAGAGGCAAAUAUAUUUGAAAUAUGAACCCAAAUAAUAUAAAUAAAUAAUCAUAAAAGAA